AUGUCUUUAGUCGAACUAAAUUCUAGUAUUUCUAUACUGCUAGAAUCUACACAAUUAGAAUCAGAAACCAACUGUGAUCUUUUACAAAAAAAAUUAGAAAAAAAUGUACCUGAAGAUUUUCGACAAUAUUGGGUCAAUAAACUUGCAGAAGAAAAUAAUUCUCAUAAAAGAGAUUCUCAAUUACAAGUAACUUUACUACCACAAGUUAAUAUUAAUUAUGAUAGACUUAUUUUAAAAACUUAG